AUGGCUACAUUGUUUUUGUGUUUCUUUUUGCUAUUAUUGACAAACAACAGGUUCACUGAAGUUUUUCUUUUUCUGUUUGCAGUUAAGCAGAAAGCCGCUGUAGAGAAAGAAGCUAAGGUCAGCAUCCUGGAGGCCGGGGUGGCAGACGGGAACCAGAUCAAGCAGAUCCCGACCAAAUACAGCCAGACAGAGUCCACCAAGUUCCUCAUCCUCACCGUGGUGUCCAUCCUGUGCAUCGUGGGCGUGCUGCUGGCCUCCACUGUGGUCUAUUGCCUCCGCCAUCGCUCCCAUCACAAGCUCAAGGAAAAGCUCACCAAUCUGGGCACAGAUGCUGGCAGUGAUGCUACCGCCACCUACCAGGAGCUGUGCCGUCAGCGGAUGGCAGCAAAGCCUCCUGCGGAGCGUCCUGAGCCCAUCUCCUCCAGGAUCAACAGCGUCUCGUCUCAGUUCAGCGACGGCGGCCCCGCCGUCAGCCCCUCUGCACGAGGCAGCAUCUCCUCCUGGAGCGAAGAGCCCGCCCACUCAAACAUGGACAUCUCUACCGGACACAUGAUACUGUCUUACAUGGAGGACCAUCUGAAAAACAAAGAUCGUCUGGAGAAGGAGUGGGAGGCGCUGUGUGCAUACCAAGCGGAGCCGAGUGCUCGCACCGUCGGCCUGAAGGAUGGCAACGCCAAGAAGAACCGCUCUGCUGCUGUUGUUGCAUAUGAUCACUCCAGAAUCACCUUGAGGGUGGAGAACAGCCAAGGCAACUCCGACUACAUCAAUGCCAGCCCCAUUAUGGAUCAUGAUCCCAGAAACCCCGCUUACAUCGCCACUCAAGGCCCUCUGCCCUCCACGGUGGCGGAUUUCUGGCAGAUGGUGUGGGAGAACGGCUGUGUGGUCAUUGUGAUGCUGACGCCGCUUGUGGAGAACGGGGUGAAGCAGUGCUACCAUUACUGGCCUGACGAAGGAUCCAACCUGUACCACAUCUACGAGGUAAACCUGGUGUCAGAACACAUUUGGUGCGAUGACUUCUUGGUUCGGAGCUUCUACCUGAAGAACAUGCAGACCAACGAGACCCGAACCGUCACUCAGUUCCACUUCCUGACCUGGCUCAAUCAGAAUGUUCCAGAGACCAGCCGGACGCUCCUCGACUUCCGCAGGAAGGUCAACAAGUGCUACAGAGGUCGCUCGUGCCCCAUCAUCGUCCACUGCAGUGACGGAGCGGGAAGGUCGGGGACGUACAUCCUGAUCGAUAUGGUCCUCAACAAGAUGGCUAAAGGUGCCAAAGAGAUUGAUAUCGCAGCCACUCUGGAGCACCUGCGGGACCAGAGGCCGGGAAUGGUCCAGACUAAG